GGUCCAUCCAUGUGUAGCUGUUUUAAAAUUACCACGAGCGGCAAGUGAUUCGGUGACGUGCACACAGCGGAAACUCUUGCGAAUCGCAAAAAUAAUUGUACAUAGACUACACAACACCGUUACACUACGGUCUUUUUGCAAUAACGUAACCGUAUUUAUUGUCAAUAUGGGUAGAUACGCCGCUGCUCCUCUAGACGAGAGCAAGUCUGCCAAGGCCAAGGGGUCUCACCUUCGUGUGCACAUGAAGAACACGCGUGAGACUGCCAUGGCCAUCAAGAACAUGCCUCUAAAGGGUGCCAUUCAGUACCUUGAGGAUGUCAAGGAGAAGAAGCGCAUCAUCCCCUUCCGUCGCUUCAAGGGAGAUGUCGGACGCCACGCCCAGUGCAAGGAGUUCGGAGUGACCCAGGGACGUUGGCCCGUAAAGUCCUGUAACUAUCUUUUGGAUCUUCUGCGCAAUGCCGAGAGCAAUGCUGAGACCAAGGGACUGGACAUCGAUAACCUUACCAUCAACCACAUCCAGGUUAACCAGGCCCCCUACAUGCGCAGACGUACAUACCGUGCACACGGUCGUAUCAAUCCUUACAUGUCCUCUCCUUGCCACAUCGAGCUUAUCGUAGGCGAGAAGUUCGAGAACGUACCCAAGGCCGAGGAGACCGCAUCCGUGCGCAAGACCACUCGUUAAGUGCAUCUAAGCAGUGGAGAGUUAAUUCACAUUUAGAAUUAUAAUGCGAAGCCGUGUGUGGUUCGAGGUGUGUGUAUAUACAGGCAUGUGGCGGAGGAUAUAGCUGAGGAGAAAAUAGGAAAAAAAAUUACACUAGCUAAAGGGUGUAUAUCUACAACAAUGUCAGCAAACUAGUAUAUUAUUACAGUGCUACUUGGUCCAAGUCGAUGGGGCACACAAAACGACGAUAGAAGCCGGACGAUUAUUUUUGUGCACAAGCAAAUUACGCACAACAAUGUCCGUAUUGUGCGGUAUAUGUGUUGGCUGUGCAAUGGGACGAUCAAGAUGGAUACAGAAUGGAUGCGCCUGAGAUAGCUGUGUAAGAUACUGUGUGCUUUUGUUGUAAUAAAGCCUGCCUGUGUUAACAUCCUUUGUCUGAAUAUAAGUAUGUUUUCUUUUGUGUGUGGCUACGUACAUCCGUUUAGCUUUACUGCGUUUAUUCAGGAAUCAAUAUUUGUUUGUGUAUGCAUACAAGCAUAUACCAAAUGUUUCUUUAUGACCUUGUUUGUAUGGAAGUGCAUUGUGAACGAAUACAUCGGAAGUAGUGCGACUGCUUUGAAAAAUUUGCGCGUGGAAAGUGUUCUGCAUCCGUGGUAUGUUUGCCAGGCGUGUGAAUACGUUUCUUAUUAUGCUGUG